AUGAAAUCCUUUGUGGUACUGUUCGCUCUGGUGGCGGCGUGCGCUGGUGGCGCGAUACGCGAAAAGCGAGGCUACAACAGUGGCUGGAACGGUGGAUACAGCGGUGGUAUCAGCGGCGGCAGUGGUGGUGGGAGCGGUGGCUACUCCGCGCCUGCUGCCCAGGUCAUCUCCGUCAACAAGGUGGUGAACGUGCAGCGCGAGGUCAGCGUACCGCAGGUGGUCCACGUCCGCAAAAUCAUCUCCGAGCCCCGCGUCGUCACCGUCAACAAAGUCGUACCCGUCUCUAGUGGCUUCUCCGGCGGAUACAGCGGCGGACUCUCUGGUGGAUACUCUGGCGGUCACGGUGGUGGAUAUUCUGGUGGAUUCGGUGGUGGUCACUCCAGCAGCGGUUGGUGGUAA